AUGGCUGUGGCUGAGGUCGAAGCCCUGACGGGAUUCAAAUUCGAUGAAGAAGAAAUGGACAAGUUGACGGGAAUUUCGGAUUUACAACGAGUUGAACUUGAUCAUGAUGAUACAAAAAUGAACAUUUACUUUAAUCCGCUUGGCGGUACUCCGGUGUGUUUAUCGCUUUUCUCCGAUAUGACAUAUCAUGUAGCUGAUCAGAAACCAGCACAAAUGGUGCUAUUCGACUACUACAAUCCUGAAGAGCAGUUGAAAUCCUCCUAUUCAUCGAAACAGACACGGUCAUUACCGGAGACAUGCGCGGAAUGUUGGCCAACGGGUGAUUCAUUCAGUCCAGCACCAACAAGAGGUCAUUCUAGCAGUACGACACCAUCUGCACAGGGUAUGUUCGCAGCGAUUAGCGUAUUUGUGCUGUGGCAACAAUUUUUACUGUAA